CUGGCAGCGUGCGGGAGCCGGGCGCGAGCAGAGCGCAGCCGCGAGGGAGGCGCGGGGGAGGCGAGCCGGAGCCCGAGCCUGAGCCCGAGCAGCAGCCAGUGUUGGCGGAGAGCACUCGGGCGCAGCCAAAGCCGGAGCCGCAGCCGCGAUGGCCGUGGCCGUGGGGAGACCGUCUGACCAGGGAAAAGAUGUUUGGAGCAACUCUACCAGUUCUAAUUCUCGACUUCCACCUCUCAUGGCUGCCAAUGAAAAUGAAGAGCUUCGAAACUUGUCCCUUUCUGGCCAUGUUGGAUUUGACAGUCUCCCGGACCAGUUGGUCAACAAGUCUACUUCUCAAGGAUUCUGUUUCAACAUCCUGUGUGUUGGUGAGACGGGCAUCGGCAAAUCCACGUUAAUGGACACUUUAUUCAACACCAAAUUUGAAAGUGACCCAGCUACUCACAAUGAGCCAGGUGUCCGGUUAAAAGCCAGAAGUUAUGAGCUGCAGGAAAGCAAUGUCCGGCUGAAGUUAACCAUCGUGGACACGGUGGGAUUUGGAGAUCAGAUCAAUAAAGAUGACAGCUAUAAGCCGAUAGUGGAAUAUAUCGAUGCCCAAUUUGAGGCCUACUUGCAAGAGGAAUUGAAGAUCAAACGUUCUCUCUUCAACUACCACGACACCAGGAUCCAUGCGUGCCUCUACUUCAUUGCGCCUACUGGACAUUCACUGAAGUCUCUGGACCUGGUCACCAUGAAAAAGCUGGACAGUAAGGUGAACAUCAUUCCAAUAAUUGCAAAAGCGGACACUAUCGCCAAGAACGAGUUGCACAAAUUCAAGAGUAAGAUCAUGAGUGAACUAGUCAGCAAUGGAGUCCAGAUAUAUCAGUUCCCCACAGAUGAAGAAACAGUGGCAGAGAUUAACGCAACAAUGAGCGUCCACCUGCCCUUUGCAGUAGUCGGCAGCACUGAAGAGGUGAAGAUUGGCAACAAGAUGGCGAAGGCCAGGCAGUACCCUUGGGGUGUGGUGCAGGUUGAGAAUGAAAACCAUUGUGAUUUUGUGAAACUCCGGGAGAUGCUGAUUCGUGUGAACAUGGAAGACUUGCGAGAACAGACUCACACCCGCCAUUACGAAUUGUAUCGGCGCUGUAAGCUCGAGGAGAUGGGGUUCAAGGACACUGAUCCUGACAGCAAGCCCUUCAGUCUUCAGGAGACAUACGAAGCAAAAAGGAAUGAAUUUCUGGGAGAACUUCAGAAGAAAGAAGAAGAAAUGAGACAAAUGUUUGUUAUGAGAGUGAAGGAGAAAGAAGCUGAACUUAAAGAGGCAGAGAAAGAGCUGCACGAGAAGUUUGACCUCCUAAAGCGGACACACCAAGAAGAAAAGAAGAAAGUGGAAGAUAAGAAGAAGGAGCUGGAGGAGGAGGUGAACAAUUUCCAGAAGAAGAAAGCAGCAGCUCAGCUACUCCAGUCCCAGGCCCAGCAGCCUGGGGCCCAGCAAACCAAGAAAGACAAGGAUAAGAAAAAUGCAAGCUUCACAUAAAGCCUGGCAAGCCAAGGAUGGUCCCGCAUUCACCUGCUUUUGCAGUAAUAUUGUAUCUCUGCCAUCUGUGUCCUUUUGUUUUUUGUUUUUUUUUUUACACCCUUCCCCAGACACCAAUAACUAUUAACUCAUUUUGCUGAAUGUUGUUGGGUGGUGGAAAAUGAUAGAACAAGGGAAUAACAACAAAAGCUGUGUGCCGCUGGACUGUGUUUCUGGAAAGUACAUGAUUUGCCUUGUAUGCCUGUUCCCAGUGGCAGCAGGAAGCAUGCCUGUUACUUGUAUGUUGCUUUGGACUGAGGGAAGGAGGGUAAAUUGCUACGUGUACGUCUGGCAGGAAAACUUCGCACCGCCUCAGCAGCUGAACUAUAAACCUGAAUAGUCAUGACAACAACUUGCUUUUCUUGAUUAUUCAUCUCCAUGAUGGCAAGAGCCCUGAACUCACUCUCUCUCUUCUCCACACCUGCCCCAAACCCAAGGUAGCUUUGUAUGUAGGCAGGACAGUAGGUAAGCGUUACGUGACUUUUAUACUUGCAUGGAUUUAUUAGAAUAACAUUAUUUGGCCCGGGUUGUAAGUCUGUUCAGACAGACUGUCUCCUCUCAUAGCUUUAAAAAUGUUUCUGAACCCCUAUCUCAAAUUCUGGCCAAGUUGGACAUAAUAAGAAAACGAUGGUUAUGUUCACUUUUAUCAGUGCAACCUUGAUCCUCUCACAGAUGGCAAUCUCAAAGGCCGAAUCAUACAACAUUGCUUAGUAGAAGAAUCUACUAAGGUUGAUGGGCUUUCUGUAACCUAUUAACUACUAACAAUUAGCAAUUGUUAGUGCUAAAAAAAACACCUAAAUUUGCUCUCACUGGGCUGAGAGGGAGGGCCUGAGGGUUGAUGCCAGGCUGGCAGAACUUUUAAUGACAUUUUUCAGUAAUCCUGAGGAGAAAAGUUUUCAGAAAUCCUUCAAAUAGAAAAUUGGUUGUAAACUGUGCAGCACAAAUUUGAGGGGACCUUGCCAAUGUCAGGCAGACAUGGGAAGGAAUAUAACACAAACCUGCGAGUCUAAGAAAACAGAAAUAGAGCUUCACAUCCAGCCUCCUUGCAGAGAGUCCUUUCGAUAUUCAACAAUAAAGGAAAGAAGAAACAGCAGUCGGUUUUUCAAAUCCAGUUGUUUUGAAGGAAUUGCUUCAACCUUUCCUCUCAGCACAGCUAGUGCCACUUGGUCUUUAUGUCCAAGGUUCAUCGCUCCAACAGUGACGAUUAGGACUAACCCAUAUGCCAGGACAUAGACUACAUCCCAAAUCUGUGUGAGAAGGGGUAUAGUUCAUCUCUUGUCUGUACUGCUCCCUUGUGAGGCUUACUGAUUUUCAUCUUGAACCCCCCACCCCCACCCUCCACUAACAAGGUCUUCCAAGCUUUCUCUCUAACUCUCUAGUCUCUUGUUUCUUCCUUGAAAGACUAACAUUUCUCAUGAACCUCAUACUUCUGCCUUUCCUUCUGGCCUUCACGAGUCAUACCUUAAGUAAAUGGGAUAGAAUACUGUACCUCCCUGACACACACCAACACACAUUUUUAAAAAAUUAAGUCUGUAGGUGAUUCCAAUAAAGAUUUUUUUUUCCUUCUCUUCAUCCUCAAACAUACUCUUACAGGAAAGAAGGAGUGGUUUUCCAUGAGCUAAUUUAGGCUUAAUUAGGCUAAGUAAGAAAUCAGUUUCCUUGAAGCCCAAACUGAUUCAAGAUAGAAAGAGCGAACGCGGAGCAGCAAUAGUGGUAUAAAGACAGAUUCAGGAGUGGCUGAACCAGGGUUUUUGGUUUUGCUUUUGUGUUUUUAAUGAUUCUAAUGUGAUGCUAGCUGUGGAGCAGCCGAGGGUUAGAUGGCAUGCCGACUUCUAACCGUGGGCUGAGUUUGCUUGUACGCUGCGCACCAUACAAACGCUUCAGUACGUGUGCUGUGUGCUUGUCCCAACCACCGCUUGUGUGAACAUUUUUUGUGCCUUGAAACAGAAAACACACUUUUAAAUCCUAAAAACGCAUCAACUUUAAAAUGGUCAUUUUUAAUGCGUACUAAAGCCUCUUUAUAGUGAGCUUAGUCGUCAAAGGCAUCCAGCUGACUUUUUGAUUCCAAGAUUAUUGAUUAAUGGGAUUGAUCUUUUUUCCAUUAAAUUUUUCACAGUCAAAUAAAAAUCAUAUGGCGAGUCAGGGAAUAAAACGUCCAAAGAAAUAUACAGAAUAUACUAGCUUUUUUUCAAAUGCGUUGCUUCUGACCUCUUUUCUACCCCUGCUCCCGGCCCUGUUCAGUUUGUUAUUGCUGCCCUUCUCUUCUUUCUGUAUCUGUGCCUUUUUUCACAGUAGUCCUUGGCUCUGCACGGAAUAAAUGGUAUCCUCAAAUCUAAUUGGAUGUGCUUUCGCCUUUGCAUGUAAGUACGCUAGUAAGAAACCUUUGAGAUCUUUCACUUUUUAAAAGGAGAGAUAUAACUGGGACAGAUGGCUUUGGUUUUAUUUUUAGGGGCGGGAGGGCAGGGAGGUAAUGGUUUGAGUAGCUUUUGGUUUAAAAAUAAAAACUGAAUAUAUUUAAAAUGGCCACAUUUAUAUCUUUUUCACCAGAAACACAUAAAUUCGGUUUUUCCUUGAUAUCAGUAUAGAAGUCAGAAAUGACUCAUCCCAGUCUGUGUUCCAUGCAGCAUCCUAGGUGUCAUUGGGUAUUACAGAGGGUCCUUGGUUCUGACUGUAAAUAAAGCUAGAAUGAGAAACUACUACCUUGCACUGGAUAAAAUCAAGAGGAAAAAUGUUUUCAUGCUAGGCUGCCUCUAGACUGCUUGAUUUUUUUGGUGAUCUUGGUCGAAUGGUCUUGCCCUGGUGCUAACUGCUGGCAGUGGACACUUUUUUUUUUGGCCAGAGAGCUCUAGCUGGCCUCUCCCCACAUCUUUUGUUCAACCAUAAUGGCCAUCUUUUUGCAUCAUCCAGACUUAGAUACCCAUAACCCUUAUACUUGUGUGUGCAGUAGGAUGUGAUGGGAAAACAUCUAUGAGAAGUUAUUGGCAGUUCAGAGACUAUGUUUUCCAGCUCAGGCUCUUGCUAAAUUGGCCAAGGUUUUGUCCAGAAAGGGCAUCUCAACCAGGGGAAACAUUGAACGUAAAGCUAGACGCAGGUUAUUUAUUAUCUUCCUCCUCUGCUUUGUAAUCUCACCAGCAGUAACACGUAUUCUUCCUAACAAACAGACUUGGUGUCCUCACUUUCUUGACAUACCAUAAGUGUUUCACAUCCAAACUGCUGAAUCAGGUUUUUCAGCUGUUACCAGCCCCCAUCAUACCGUCUCUGUGUGGUCCUGCCAAAACCGUCCAUUCAUUUCCUUUGGCUUUGCCGUUUGCAAGUGUCUGAAAUUGUCGAGUUUCAGCUUCCAGAAGUCUUGGUUCCAUUGACAGGCUACAUAUGCGAUGACCCUUUAGUGGAAAUCAUGACCUACAAAGUCUAGAUUGUAUGUAGGUAUGAAGGGAAUUUUUAAAAUAAAUUGAAAACUUAAGCUGUGAACAGCAUUAGAACUUUGUCUAUUUCUUAAUAAUUUUAAAAUAUGCUGAUAUGCCUUAAACUGUAGUUGUAGAUCAUUGUCAUUUUGCUGUUUGAAAAUAACCAAUGUGUUUCUAAAACUGUUGUGUAAUCUACUUUUAGUAAUGCAGAAUUGUCAUAUAUGUAAGCUGCAUGUUAGACACUUGUCUUUUUUAAAAAAAAAACGAAAAUAAUUGUAUUGAUGUGAAGCAUAUCAUUUUUUUUUCAAGUAUGAAAGUAAUCGCUGAGCAAACAUGCUCAGCAGCGUGGUGUCUGUUCAGGUAGGCGAGUGGUGGACAGGUAAUCUAUGCAUAUAUCACUAGUGCCAAGACAUAAAGUGGGGGAAAUAUAUUUUUACCCAAACAUUGUGUGCCCUUUUGUGAGUUCUUUUUAAUCACUGUUUGAUAUGCAUAUGUACCCAUGCUGAUUAUAUUGGAUAAAAGGAAUAGGGAACAAAGAGUCUCGUGCUUUCCUGCCUUGUCUGGUGGACUUGAAACACUACCCUCUGGGCAGCAUGUUUCUCCAAGAUACUUCCCAUGUAGCAUCCUGUACUUCACAGACCGUCUCUGCCACCUUUAUCCCCCGUUCCCAUACCCUUCCGUCCUGAUGGGCAUCCCCUGGCACCCCACGACCCCCACGUCCAGCUGAGGCAUCGUCUUCCCUGGCCUCUGCUGCCCAGCGCUGCUGCUGAAGGAGUCAUCCCUUUAACUGACACACUGCUGUUCUUUCACAGUUCAUUGUAGAGAAGCUCCUGUAUUUUUUUUUCUUUUUUAAGCCUUUAAGAAUCAAAUUUGAACCUGAAA